GCACGACAGGCGCUCGUGAACGCGCUCGGCUCUUCUUCCGCAGAGUAUCGCACAGCAGCAGUCAGCGCGCCUCACUGCUGGGAGGAUGGAUGGAGCAGGCUCGUUCGGAGCGGGCCGAGCCGGUUCGGCCUUUGAUCUGACUGCGUUCAUCAAACAGCCACAGACAAUCCUAAGAGUCCUCGCAUGGAUCUUCUCCAUGGUGGUCUUUGCUUCUAUAAUAAAUGAGGGCUAUGUGAAUAUGGGCAGCGAGCGACUGCACUGUGUUUUUAACAAGAACGCAGAUGCCUGUAACUAUGGCAUCACUGUAGGAAUUAUGGCUUUCUUAGCAAGCAUCUUCUUCCUGGCCCUGGACAUCUAUUUCCCCCAGAUCAGCAGUGUCAAAGACAGAAAGAGAGCAGUGCUGUUGGAGAUGGUUUUUUCAGGAUUCUGGACGUUCCUUUGGUUUGUAGGAUUCUGCUUUUUGGCCAGUCAGUGGAGUCACACGUCCCCUAAGGAGCUGCCGCUGGAGCAGGCGUCAGACGCAGCACGCGCAGCUAUUGCCUUCUCUUUUUUCUCAAUCCUGACCUGGGCGGGGCUUACGGUGUGCGCUGUUCAGAGGUUCCUGCUCGGUACUGACUUGACACUGUUCACCACCGAGCACAUGGGCGACCUGCCGCCCAAGCAGCCGUAUCCCUCCAACGAUGUAAUUGGUCAGACCACCAUCCCCGUCGACGCUUACCAGAGUCCAACGCUCAUCGAAACCGUGGAGACCCGCCCCCCUGGAUACAAGAUCCCACCUGCAUUUUAAUCCACGACCAAUCAGAAGGCAAGGAAUAAAGCAGCGCUAAAGGACAUAGACUGCCGUCAAUGUUAGCUAAAUGUAAAUGUAUCGUAUGUGGUUUUAGUAGCAGGGUGGCGAGGGGAUGAAGCUCGCCUCUGUAGUCCACACUUUAAUACAGCCUGGUAAUGUAGUCUCACUUUAAAGCAAAGAUGGAUGUUUUGGGUUGAUUUUCAUUUCCUUCCCAAACCUUUUACAUUCGGCUAAAAAAGAAUUGUCAAAUACCCCAUGUGCUACUUGUUUAGUAAAGCAAUUUAUUAUUAUUGCUUAUUUAAAGAAAUUAAAAAUAAUUAAAGGUGCACUAAGUAUUGGCUGUUGCAUCAUGCAAAAGCAGAAGUGUUUUGGUGACUGAAUAAUGGCAGAGUAUUUUAAUCACUGGAAAAAAGUUUCAGUUGACGUACCAAAAUUACUAAAACAGAAAACAACUUAAAUUAAAAUUAAUUCCAGGUAUAUAGAAAUAAUAAUAAUAAAAUAAACUAUAAAAAAUUUGAAAAGCACAAAAAAAAAUUAAUUACACUAAGCGAUGUUUUUUUUUAGGAGUGGCAUCAUAUUUCACAUACAAAAUUGUAAACAUAUUUGACAAAAACACUAUUCAUUCCAUUCAGGGUAUUUUUUUUUUUAAAUGGCAAACAUUACCUAAUGCACCUUUAAGUUUAGUAAAGAUUUUUUUAUAUAUAUGUAUUUUUCUUAGUUUCUGAUUAUGUAUUAGUUCUGAUUUGUAUUAGUUUCUGAUUAUCAAAUAAUACCACGUUGGUACAGCUGAUUGUCAGCCUUUCCAAGCGAUACAUGACAUCAAUGUUUACUGCAGUUAAAUCAGUUCUGUCCAUGUAAUUUGUGUCAAAAUCUGUUUUUGUUAAGAGAGAAUUAGUACAUUUUGUUUAAAAGUACUCAAAAUAUGACGUUAUAAAGAGAGUGAGUGAGAAGUAUUGAGAAAUGGUGAAGAGAAUGAGUAAAUGUGUGUGUGUGUGAUGGACUCUAGCAGUCAGAGAUGUUCCGGAUGAGAUAACAGAUUACUGGAACAAACUGUUUACUUUAACAUGCAUACUUUGGAUAUAUGUGUGUGUGGAUGGAAAUGCGUGUGCUUGCUCUAAUUCUGUCUAAUUGCAUGAUAUGGUAAAAUUCCACACAGUCCCACAGAAGCAGAGAUGUAGUUGUUAUAUUUUGUCAAUGGAAGAAGUUAUAGUGGUUAUUAAAGUCUUUAAGGUGACAUAUACAGUACUAUGAGGUCCUGAAUAAAGAUGAACCAUUGAAGUGAACCAGUCCGCUUGAUUACACA